AGACUAUUUCCAUCAUGCACUUUUCCCGAUCGUCCUCCUGCACUGUAAAAAAAUAUCGACAACAAGCAGCUGAUUCAUUGUGCAACAACCAAAUCUGAUCGUCAAAAACAAAUUGAAAAUGAAUCGAAUAAGCUGUCCUAAACAUCCUGAUGCCAACUUAAUCGAGGACUAUCAUGCUGGAGAUAUGAUCUGCCCACAGUGUGGUCUGGUGGUUGUCGAUAGAUGUAUUGAUGUUGGAUCAGAGUGGCGUACAUUCAGUAAUGACAAAGCCAACGCUGAUCCAUCACGUGUUGGUGCUGCAGAGAAUCCUCUACUCAGCGGUGGAGACCUAUCAACCAUCAUCGGCCAGCCGUCUGGAUCGGCAGGGUUUGGAGAAGACGGCGCCGCAAAAUACCAAAAUAGAAAACAAGUCAGCAGUUCAGACAGAGCCCUCAUAAGUGCAUUCAGAGAGAUAUCGCACAUGUCGGAUCGAAUCAAUUUACCAAGAACCAUACUGGAUCGAACCAAUGGAUUGUUCAAGCAAGUUCAUGAGCAGCGCAGCUUGAGGGGACGAAGCAAUGAUGCCAUCGCUGCAGCAUGUCUGUACAUAGCAUGUAGACAAGAGGGUGUUCCAAGGACAUUCAAAGAAAUCUGCGCUGUAUCCAGAGUCAGUAAGAAAGAGAUUGGCCGUUGUUUCAAGCUGAUACUGCGUGCAAUAGAAGCUAAUGUGAGCCUCAUCAACAGUGGUGACUUCAUGUCUCGCUUUUGCUCCAACCUCACCCUUCCUACAUCAGUUCAGAAGGCAGCGACCCAUGUUGCUAACCAAGCAAUGAAAUUGGAUCUUGUACCUGGGCGCAGCCCAAUCUCGGUUGCUGCUGCCGCAAUUUACAUGGCAUCUCAGGCCUCAAGCGACAAACGCUCUCAAAAAGAAAUUGGAGAUAUUGCCGGUACAGCUGAGGUGACCAUUCGACAAUCAUAUAAGUUAAUGUAUCCAAAGGCAUUAGAACUAUUUCCAGAGGACUUUAAAUUUGCUACUAAAGUGGAGGAUUUACCGGCGCCAUAAAACCAUCUCCCUUCCCCUUUACCCAUACCUCUUUAGUUGAAGUUAACAACGGGAACUUUAUAACAAUCAAUGAUUGUAUGUUGAUAUAUUGUGUCAUUGCCAAGCAGUUAAGUGGAUUCAAGCUUAUGGCCCAGUUUCAUACAGUUGCUUUGAAAGCAUAAAAAGUAGCUGAGCACAACAAAGUUAUGCUAAAAGGG